UCAAAAUGCACUCCUUCUGGAGGAAAAGGAGAAGCACGAGAAGGAGCUGAGGAGCCAAAUCAUCCUUGAAGCUGAAGAGUUCAAGAAGGGUUUCGUUGAGAAACGCAAGCUGAACCUUGAGACAAGCAAGGAUCACAACCGGGAAAGGGAGAAGCUUUUCCUCUCCAACCAGGAGAAGUUCCACAAGGGAGCAGACAAGCAGUACUGGAAGGCGAUAUCCGAGCUCAUCCCACAGGAGAUUGCACACAUUGAGAAGAGGACGGGCAAGAAGGACAAGGACAAGAAGCCCGGGAUCAUCGUGGUCCAGGGCCCCAAGCCUGGGAAGGCCACAGACAUGGCACGGAUGCGCCAGAUCCUGUCGAAGCUGAAGCACACACCACCGCCACACAUGAAGCCACCUCCACCACCCGCCGCGGCACCCGCCGGGAAGGACGGAGCUCCGGCCGCCGCUGGAAAGGACGGAGCUAAGGCGGCAGCGACACCUGCUGCCAAGGAUGCCCCUGCCAAUGGCACUGUCCCUGAGAAGGAGAACGCCCCACCCGCCGCCGCCGCUGCCCCCGCAGCAGCAGCUCCGGCGCCACCAGCUGAGCCCAUCGCCGCUGCCUGAAUGAGGAUGGCUUUGAUCAGCCGCUAAUCCUUCGCAGUAGGGUUAUAUUUGGGUGUCAGUAGAGUUGUUCCAGGAGAGACGGAUGGGGAAGGAGCGUGAAGGCCACAUAGCAUGCGAGGUGGUGAAAUCGUCUGAGUUCACCACGGGGAAUCAUGGCGGAGAUACACGCAGUGUACUAUUAUUAAUUUGAGUUUGUUAUUAUGAGCAGGAGGGUUGUUACUUAUGGGACCAACAAACUUUAUUCGUUAAUAUUGUCAUUGCAUUUUGUAGAGAGAAAGAGGGGACUGGUAAGAAUAAGGUAAGGCUGUGCUGCUGCUGUAUGUGUUUGUAUAUUUAUCAUCAAGUGUUGGAUUUUUUUUGGAAAGACCUGUGAUUGAUGUUGUAUGGAAUUUAAGUUGGAUA